GGAAUCUAGUCUCUAAUUAGAUGCAGCUAUCAUUGUGUUUUUCUCCAUGGCGGUGUGGUGUCUGAGUCGUAAAAUUACAGAGUAACCAAGUCUUAUCGAGAAGAAAACAGGAUGACUGUCCGUAUCUAUAGUGAACUCCCAGACACACUGUCGGAAUCUGAUGUGAUCUGUCCUGGAAGAACUGACACUAGGGUGUUCGUUCUAGAUGGUCUUGUUGCUCUUAGUCUUGUGAAGUACUGCACUGGCAAACUACACGUGAUCUAUUAUUAGAAUCAUACAGUUCUCCAGGCACAGAGUGAAUGAUCAACUUGAAAUACUAUGUACUUCUCAUUGCCUAUGUGUGCAGUGAUUCAUAACUUUUUUUUUUACCCAUGAUGUCGCUUCUUUGGCUGCGAGUUGUAUCAGAAAAAAAUUGUAGGCAUCCCUUACCGGAUCUAUCAACAGCCCAUUAAGUUCACGCACCUCAAAUAUGUACUGUAGUCUAAAAAAGAGGAGAAUUUCGUGAGAAUAUGACGUCAAUUAUGUUGUUAUCUUAUGAUAGAAGGGAAUCUGUUUCGAAUGUGUAUGCCGUGUUCGCAAAAAAAAAACAAUGAAGCUUUUUACGUAUCUUUGUCGCCCAAAGCGCGACUACAGUAAAUCCUUAUUUAUAACCAUCAAACGCUUUGAUGUGGCAAAUACAAAAUUUGAUGAGGAUACACAUCAAAACCAAUUGUUUUUCCUGUUGUGAGUCUUAUUAAAAACGUUCGCUAUGUGCUCGACGUGUCUUCCAGCUUCCCCCUUGUGACAUCCUCGUAGUUCAUUUUCUUGCUUACCGCCAAAUAGGUACACGGUUCACCUCCGCAAUAUCUCAACCUCACAUGCCGCGUAAGAUCAUCCUAGACUGCGACCCCGGGAUCGAUGACGCGGUGGCCCUGAUCCUUGCGCAAGGGAGCCCUGAGAUCGACCUUGUGGCCGUCACAACGGUGGCGGGGAACCACACGCUGGAGAACGUCACACGGAACGCCCAGGUGAUUGCGGCGUUGGCCGGCUUCACGGGGGUCACGAUCGCCGCGGGGUGCACGCGACCUCUGUUGGGGUCCCUGCGUAUCGCCGACGCCGUCCACGGGGAAACCGGACUUGGGGUCUCACUGCCGGAGAUCCCCCACUCUUCCCCCUCCCUCAAUCCUCACCAUGCCGUCAAUGUCAUCAUCGAGAUGAUCAUGUCAAACGAGCCCCAGAGCAUUACUCUGGUCCCCAUAGGCCCACUGACGAACAUCGCGAUGGCCGCGAGAUUGGAGCCCCGCAUUGUGGAGCGCGUGCAGGAGGUGGUCCUGAUGGGGGGGAGCAGUAGCGGCGGGAAUGUCACGCCCACCGCGGAGUUCAAUAUCAACAUCGAUCCCGAGGCAGCCCGCAUCGUCUUUAACGAAAAGUGGCCGUUGACAAUGUUGGGUCUGAAUCUCACUCACCAGACUAAAAUGACGGAGGACGUGGCAGACCGCAUCACGGCGAUCGGCACUGAGCUUUCUCAAUUCACAAUGGACAUCUUACGCUUCUAUGGGAAACAGCAAGUUCGACAAACGGGCUCCUACCCCGUGGUACAUGACCCAUGUGCAGUUGCAUAUGUGAUUGAUCCAUCUGUGAUCACCACAAAGCGUGCACCCAUCGAUGUGGAGCUAAAUGGGGUCUUGACGAGGGGCAUGUCGGUGGUCGACCUCCGAAUACCUCCUUCCGAAGACUGUCACACACAGUUGGGGGUCACACUUGAUCAUGAAAAGUUUUGGAAUCUGAUUAUCAACGCAUUGGAACGAAUUGGGAGCCCCAACUAG